GCUGUUGCGCACAAUAACCACAGAAAUUUAACCAUGGGGGAGGAAGGCCACUUGUAUUCCCUCAAGUGGAACAAUUACGUCAGCCACGUGAUGGCCUCCCUAAAUUCAAUGAGGACUGACAGGGACCUAAUCGACGUGACCCUGAGCUGCGAGGGAAAGAAAAUCUUGGCCCACAAGAUGCUUCUCUCUGCCUGCAGCCCCUACUUCAAAGAUCUCUUCAAGGAGAAUCCAUGCCAACACCCCGUCAUAAUUUUCCGCCACAUCCCUUUUGGCGAUCUGACAGCUUUGGUCCAAUUCAUGUAUACGGGAGAAGUGAGCGUGGAUGAAGAUGAGCUGCCCUCAUUUUUGCAAACUGCCGAGAUGCUGGAAAUCCAGGGUCUGACUAAAGGCAGCCAGCCUGUUGAGAAGACAAAGAAUGAUAAGACUGUUCCUGUGCAACCCAAAUCUGCCCCCUCUAUUGUCCCCACGACCGUUGCAGAAACCGCUGAUAUUGUUCCUGAACCAGCCCAGGUGGCUGAAAAACCAAAAACCCGAUCUGAAAGUGCUGCCUCCCCCUCGAGAAAGAGGCGUCGAACUACCCCGACACGCCCUGAAAAAGAGUCGGUUCAGCCAAAAGAGCCUGUGAUAACACCAGAAUUUGUUACAUCCAAAGUGAAAGUUGAAGCCAUUGAAACAGAUGAUUUGCCAAUACUCGAGGAACACGAGUUCAUGUCUUACGAUGAUGGUGAUGACGACGAUGGAGAUAGAGGUGAAAAUUUGGAAUACGAGAACAAUGACUUAGAUGGGACGGAAGUAUCGGAAGGGGACCCGAGCGAUAUUCAGGACAAAGGGUUUCCUGGGUCGAGCGGGUCGUUUACGUGCCCCGCGUCGGUGGGUCAAUAUUCAGCCCAGGUCGCGUGCAGGGUGGUGCGGUGCCUCAACGGGUUCAUGUGCAGCGUGUGUCACAAAACGUUCAAGUACGCGCAGUCGUGCAGUCGACACCUCGAGUACCACUUGGGCACCACCACUUGUCAGGUCUGCGGCAAGGUGUUCACGAGUGCUCUCAGCCUCAAGAUGCACAUGGACCUGCACCUGGGACGCACCACGUGUUACAAGUGCAACAAAACGCUCAGCACCACCGCCGUGCUCCUCAAGCACCAGAAAAUUUGCCAAUAUGAAAUGAACCAUGAUGACUCAUAAUGAGUGAAAAUUUCAAGCUUUUCAUGAGGGAUCCAAUAAUUAGUGUUGAAGACCAUUUAAAUAUUAUUAUUAUGAACCUAAACAUGCAAACUCCAAAUUUUGUUCCUAAAGGAAUCCCGGAAACUUACUACCCUGGAAACUUACUACCCGGAAACUUACUACCCAUCUGAGAGUGGGCAGCAGCACAGUGGGCGAUAUAUCGAUAUCGAAAAUCGGUGCACGUACGGAAACUUACUACCCUUAACACAAUACAAAUUUUAUAAAAACUGAUAAAAAAAUUUUCAUUGAGUAAAAAAUUACUCUAAACUAAAAUUGGGAAUUUUUUUAAACCUAUAGCUGAUCGAUGAUAAAAUAUUUUUCAAUUAGUAAUUUAUUUUAUUAUACUGAUCACAAUGAAUUUUACUUGUAAUUAAUUUUUAAAACUAAUCACUCUCAUCACUUCAGUUAUUGUUAAGGACUCCUUAUUGACAUAGUCAAAUCAAGUCUUUACAACAUUUUUUCAAUUAUUGGAAAACAGUUAGAAUUUUAAAACUAUUGUUGUAAAGGCUUUGACUAUGUCAAUAAGCAGUUCUUAAUAGUUUUAAAGAAGGUUAAAUCAUUCUUGGAAGAUUAUUGAAUUAUGCAACAAAGGAAAUGCAUAAGUUUUUGGGGACAAAAUUUUUCAUAGUUAAAUUAAUUUUAAUUCUAAAUUUCAAGCAAGAAUAAAAAUGUUAAUACAAAAAGCCACUCUCUAAAGGACAAUACUCAUGAUAUGAGUAUAAUUUUAAUUUGUACAAUAUCAAUAAAUAUGUGGUCUCUACGGAUAAAAAAAUUAAUAAUUUUGUGAGAUAUAAUAAUUUUUUGUAAUAUAAUUUGUUAUUUUUAUUAUAUCCCCUGAAUAAGUUACGGAUUUCCAAACCCAUUCUUUGUGUU